AUGUCUUACUUUGAAUUACAGUCAUCAAAUACAUGCUGGAAAGCAGAUCAUGACGGAUCUGAUAUCACUGUUAUAAGGUUUUCACCCAACAGCAGACAGCUUGCUGUAGGAACCUUUAAUGGCAACGUUUAUGUUAGAGAUGCGAUUACAUCCAGAUUAAUGUAUAAAAUUGAUGUUCUUCAUACAUCCAACCCUAUUACAUCAAUUAAAUGGCAUCCGAAAAUUGAUAAUGCUUUUCUUUGUUCAUCAGCAUCUGGUUAUGUUUCCUUAUGGCAUACUGAAACAGGUCAGAACCUUUGGAUGUUCAAAGAAGAAGGAAAUGAAACUAGUUCUAUUGCAAUUUCUCCAUCAGGAACUCAAUUUACUACGGUCGGAAGUGAUAAAGUUGUAAGAAUCUAUGCAAUUCAAAAACACGUGAAACUUUACGAUCUUUCUGCUAGAAACUAUGAUCAAGGUGUUGUUACAGGACAUCAAUCACGUAUUUACGCUGCAUCAUAUCUUAAUGAUGAUGUUGUAGCUACAGCAGGAUGGGAUGAUACUGUUUUAUUCUGGGAUAUUCGUACAGGAAAAGUCGAAAGAUCCAUUUUUGGACCUCAUCUCAAUGGAGAAUCUAUGGCAUUUGUCGGAAAUAAGCUUAUUACUGGCUCAAAUAGAGCAGAGAAUCAACUACAAAUGUUCGAUAUUGGUACAGGAAAGUGCGAAAAAACAAUUUCGAUUGGUCGAGCAGGAGAUUCACUUCUUAUAUACUCUCUUAGCAUUACAACUGAUAGUAAGUUCAUUGGUGUUUGUGGUGGAGGUUUAAAGAAGCUCCAGUUCUAUCGUUCUUCUGAUCUUGAUUUAGCAGCUCAAACAGAGCAGUUUGAUACACCACUAAACACAGUACACUUUAGUGAAUCCAACUUUGGUGUUGGCCUUGGUAAUUCUAAGGUUCUUGUUGAUAAAUACGCGAUUGAUUAG